UAUUCCGCAAGUUCAUGCCUAUAUAUCACACAUCGUCUCAUUAACUUUCUCCACACCAAAACUUCUCAACAUUUUAUAUAUCACAACUCCAAUUACAAAACCAAGUAAUAUGGAUGUUCUCAAGCUCUCCCUCUCCCUUUCUCUCUUUUGUGUCUUGACAUUUUUCAUGCUUCCAUCUUCUCUUGCUCAAGACUCGCCUCAAGACUUCCUCGAUGCCCACAACACAGCUCGUGCCCAAGACGGGGUUGAGCCAGUUCAAUGGGACGAAACAGUAGCGAGUUUUGCUCUACAGUAUGCAAACCAACGCAUCAAUGAUUGUAGCCUAGUGCACUCUGGUGGACCUUACGGGGAGAAUAUUGCAUGGGGCAUGCCAGACUUAUCAGGCACGGCUGCAGUUGAAAUGUGGGUGAAUGAGAAGGAGUUCUACGAUUAUGGCUCCAAUACGUGUGCGGCUAGCAGGGUGUGUGGUCAUUACACUCAAGUAGUGUGGAGGAAUUCAGUGAGAAUUGGAUGUGCCAAAGUGAUAUGCACAAAUAAUGGUGGCACAUUCAUCACUUGCAACUACGAUCCUCCAGGCAAUUUCGUAGGCCAAAGGCCAUAUUAAGAUAUGUACGGUUUAAUUAUCCAGCGAAAAUAAGAUCAAUAUUGAUAACUCAAAUCAUCAACAUGUAGGAUCUAAUGUUCUUGUCCAUAUGAACGUUAACAAUAUACAUAUACACACACAUAUAAUGAAAAUAAGGAGGGUCAUAUUAUGUGAUCUAUAUAAUGUUAUAUAUAUAUAAAUAUAUGGAGGCCAUAUUUGAUAUUAUGUGAUCAAUAGAAUAAGUCUUAUAGAGAUAUUCAAACAUAAAUAAUAGAUAUAUUUGUAUGC